UUUUCGUAUUUUAGAUAUAAAAAAGAACUACUCUCGUGCGAGUGCGUUGCUUUUUCUACAAACUCUCGUUACGACUUCAAAGUAACUCAUCUUUCCUCGAAGUAUAAAGACUCUUAGCUCUUCCUAAGAGCCAUAUAUCCUAUACUCUCGCGAAAACCGCCGCGCAGUCUUUGUCCUGAAUAUAUAGUCGAGUUGACUUUAGCCUCAAUUACGCAGCGCGGUUGCGGUGGCGAAUCUUUUAUACAUUAUACGCACGCGACAGUAACCCGAUCUUUCUCGACGAUGAAUAAUUCAGUGAUUACGGCGAAGCAACGUCUCGACUCGCGAAAAUCAUGGCUUCGACAAGUCUCGCGGGUACACACGCAAUAAGUCUUUCGUUGUCGAAGGCAUCGAGAAAAAGCAGAUAAUAGAUCUGCGUUUUGUGUCAUCAGAAUCAUACACGAGCAACUCGAUAAAGGCGAUAUACUUUUACAAAAAAAGUUCUCCUAUCUAAAAACUCGCUUCACUUCCAACCGAUUUCUAUAAGCCUCGCAAACGCACUAUAUACCGAUCGUGAGAAAUGUUUCUCUCCUUUCGCGCACGAGAUAAUUGCGCAACGAGAAAUUCGAGGCGAUUAUCGCGCUGCACAAGCGCUCUCUCUGUCUCACUGCGCUGCUGAUCUCUGCCAAGUAUACACGUAUACAGAGCUGCUCUGCUCUGCAAUUACGCGAGCCGCGCGGCGUCGCGCUUUACGACUCGGGACUCGUAACGAUACGCCCAAUUACAAAUUAUUGUUUGGUUCAGGAAAGCAAAACGCAAAAUUUCAAUUAGGCCGCUAAAAUGACGAAAUUCAUCGCUUUCUUUGUUCUCGUUUUGGCUUCUGUAACCGUCAAUGCCCAAAGUCAAGCCACUAAUCGAAAUCAAUUCAACGGUCAGACAUUCGACGAAAUCGUGGUAACGUCAGAUCUAAAUGUCCGGCGGAAAGCAAAAGAGAAUCGUCAGGGCAAGCAAUUAUUGACGAACGUGCCGUCAGGAACCACCAGUCCGCCCGGAAAAUCAACAGCUCUUGCAUCGAGGCUAGUAUUGAGUGACGGAAGCAGCGUUACAUCGGAGAGAAGAAAAAGACGGGCUGCCAACAUGGCGAAUCGAAGACUCUCGGAACUAGGACUAAUGAAAUACUUGCUGAGAUCUCGACAGCUUUGAUACGAAAUUAGCACGUAACGAGGACAACCGCACGACCCCUCAUCCUCAUCUGUGAUCACACGUUUCGACUGACCUUUGGACUUCGGCUGGUAACAAAAAGUGGAAUAAAAUUUUUCUGUGUCAUAACAAUAA